GUGCGUGCGUGCGUGCGUGCGUGUUUGUGUUUAAGAGGUUGAAAUCCGCGCCGGGUUUUCCGGGUGUAGAUCUGGAUUUGAAUGUCCUCAUGAAAGCAGAAUUAUGUAACUUUAUUUGUAGGAAAUAGUCACUUUUACCAAGUCCCACACGGCAGCUUUACGGACAAACCGGCGAUGACGAGCGGAAGGCAUCUUGCGUGUGGGAACGUGACGCGUCCAGGGCUCCGGGAGCGCGCACGCAACCCCUCAAGUAAUGGUCUGUUUACGUCCAAUCUGUGGAGUCUCUGUUGCUGUGACCUGCUGCAGUUUAGUCAACGAAAUGUUCUAGCUGGAUAAAACUCGUGCCAGGGAUGAUAUGAUAUUAUUUUGGGGGCAUUCUAGACGUAAAUGUCUUCGAGCAGGCGGCGCACAGCGUGACCCAUCAAAGGUCAUCAUGGAUUAGCUGUAGUUCAGUUAUUUUCUCCAGACAGUGUGACUGACAGCAGGAACUGGGACAAGGGACUUUGGUGCUACUAGCGUUAGCUAGCAACGCAACUUAGCUAGAGGUGUUGAAUCGGCUUUACAGCUGCGACAGAUUCCUGGAGUAGUUUGAGAUCCUUGAGAGAUUCUCCAGGCAGCAUGGCUCCCAAAGACAUCAUGACCAACUCCCAUGCCAAAUCCAUCCUCAAUGCCAUGAACUCGCUUCGCAAGAGCAACACACUCUGUGAUAUCACUCUGAGGGUGGAGAACACCGAUUUUCCCGCUCACCGGAUUGUCUUGGCCGCCUGCAGCGACUACUUCUGUGCCAUGUUCACCAGUGAGCUUGCAGAGAAGGGGAAAUCUUUUGUGGACAUUCAGGGGCUCACUGCAGCGACUAUGGAUAUCUUGUUGGACUUUGUGUACACAGAGACUGUACUAGUCACAGUGGAGAAUGUACAAGAACUGCUCCCUGCAGCAUGCUUACUGCAGCUCAAAGGGGUGAAAAGAGCAUGCUGUGACUUUUUGGAGAGUCAGCUUGAUCCCACCAACUGCCUGGGUAUUCGUGACUUUGCCGAAACUCACAAUUGCCUCGACCUGAUGCAGGCAGCCGAGCUCUUUUCCCAGAAGCAUUUCUCUGAGGUGGUUCAGCAUGAGGAGUACAUGCUGCUCAGCCAGGCAGAAGUUGAAAAGCUCACAAAAUGUGAUGAAAUCCAGGUGGACUCGGAGGAGCCGGUCUUUGAAGCCGUGUUAAACUGGGUCAAACACAACCGAAAAGAGCGAGAGCCCUACCUGCCAGACUUGCUCCAGUUCGUUCGAAUGCCGCUCCUGACCCCCCGCUACAUUACAGAUGUCAUCGAUGCCGAGCCCCUCAUUCGGUGUAGCCUGCCAUGUCGAGACCUUGUUGAUGAAGCCAAGAAAUUCCACUUAAGACCGGAGCUGAGGAGUGAGAUGCAGGGCCCACGCACACAAACUAGAUUAGGUGCCAAAGAAGUCCUGUUGGUUAUCGGGGGGUUUGGCAGCCAGCAAUCGCCAAUAGACAUAGUUGAGAAAUAUGAUCCGAAAACACAGGAAUGGAGCUCCCUUCCUAACAUUGCAAGGAAAAGGCGUUACGUCGCCACGGUGUCUCUCCACGACCGGGUGUAUGUGAUCGGAGGCUACGAUGGCCGGUCGAGGCUCAGCUCCGUGGAGUGCCUGGACUACACGGCGGACGAGGACGGCGUUUGGUACACCGUCGCCACCAUGAAUGUGCGGCGUGGCCUCGCUGGAGCCACGACACUCGGAGACAUGAUCUAUGUUGCUGGUGGCUUCGAUGGCAGCCGGCGUCACACCAGCAUGGAGCGAUACGACCCUAACAUUGACCAGUGGAGCAUGCUGGGAGAUAUGCAGACAGCAAGAGAAGGAGCUGGUCUAGUGGUGGCGAGUGGACUUAUAUACUGUCUAGGUGGAUAUGAUGGAUUAAAUAUCCUGAAUUCAGUGGAGCGGUAUGACCCGCACACGGGCCACUGGACAAGUGUUACACCUAUGGCCACCAAGCGGUCAGGCGCUGGUGUGGCUUUACUCAACGACCACAUCUACGUCGUGGGAGGGUUUGAUGGUGUUUCACACCUCGACUCCGUCGAGGUCUACAACAUCAGGACAGACUAUUGGACCACUGUAGCCAGUAUGUCGACGCCUCGAUGUUACGUCGGUGCAACCGUCCUCAGAGGACGUCUCUACGCCGUCGCCGGAUACGAUGGGAACUCUCUCCUCAGCAGCAUUGAAUGUUACGACCCGGUCAUCGAUUUCUGGGAGGUCGUCACUUCGAUGGCGACGCAGCGGUGCGACGCCGGCGUCUGUGUUCUACGAGAAAAGUGAUCUUUGCCAAGAACCACAAGAGGAAAAGCAGACGGGAGGACAGGCAGCUAGACUUUGCUAAAAUACCACUAAAACAGAGCCAAACAAAGGAAGACGUUUGUUUGCUAGUAUGCAAAUGGUUACUCUCAACAACGAAAAAGAAUCGGUGCAGCAGUUUUGGCUGCCUUAUCUGAUGGAUGGUCAACCCUUCGACAGUCGGACUGUGCAACAGCAGAGGUAGAGGUCACCUCCAAAAGAGGCCUCCGAAGAGCCCAUCACCACCUGCAUGACCCUUCGGUGGUACUUGUUGCUGUCGUUACCUGUGAGAUUAUUUUUUCAGUUUGUCUUCAAAGUGCAAUAUAUUUCUACUCAUCGUAAAAACAGAAAAAGAUGGAGUUAAUUUAUACUCCGGUUGCUGCUAUAUGCCUUAUGACUUUGGCCUACAUCAAACAGUGGACAUCCGUGUUGCCUCCCAUUUGACUUUGAUCACAGUGACAGGUCAUUGGCUUAUUAUCGAGUGUACCCAUUUGGCAUUUGCGAGGUCAUUAAUGGGGUCAGUAAUUCAACCCUUUUUGUAAUUCCUUCUGUAAACAGUGCUUUUAGAUUUCAUACAGAAGGUUUAAUACUUAUUGUUGCUCUCAAAAUAUACAUUUAGAGAUCAAUAUUGUUUUAGAAAAUGACUGAAUUGUACCAGUUGACUUUGAUUAUUUUGUCCCUAAAAAGAAAAAUGUAAUAAAUAUGAGGUGCAUGUGAUUUCUAUUUUAAUUUGUUUUCUUCCUGCACUUAUAAAUCUGGGAAUGUACACGAAGGACACAAAGUCCUCACAUCAUUGUUGCCUGGGAAGUGAAUAAACGCACUGAGAACUG